AUGACAAUGCGAAACAAGCAUCUACAGAAGCAACUCCUGAUGGGUGAUUUGUUCCUGGCAUGCGUGAACCUCGAACCUUGCCUUUGUGGUCAUGACUACGAUCCAGGCCCAUCGGAUCUGCUCGAGCUGCAAGUCGCUGAACUUUGCGAUGCGAGUGCUUCGAGCCUUCUGCUAGGAAGCUCUUUACUAGCUGCUGACAAUGCCAUUGUGCUGCCAGAGCUCAAAGACCUGGUGCAGCAGAUCAUCGAGGUGUACACGGUCAAAUCUCAAAUGCGGAUUCAAAACAUGUCAACCAAACGGGCAUUACAAACCGGCCACUGGAUCACGACACGCAAUAUGGCGAUCCGCAAUAGAUUGUUAGCUGUCAACUCCAUCGCGGACGGAACGAAUGCCAUCAGAACGGCUCUGAUAAUGUGGACAUUGCUCACAAUGAACAUCACUGGGAGGCUCAAGACCAUCGGCAUUAUGGCGCAAAGACUACAGCAGCUAUACCAACGGCUACCGUACGAAGCUACGCAGCUCAGUCAAUGUUGGUUCUGGCUGUUGACUAUCGGUCAUAUGUGCUCCUCGGCCGGUUCAGGCACAUGUUCAUGGUUUCUACAUAGGCUCUACGAUCUGGAAGAAAUACGAAUCACCCUCUCGACCCAGGAUUGCCAUAAGCAGACGCUCACGAGGAGACUCAAAACGAUGCAGUGUGGCUUCCUGUACGAUGAUGCGAUACAAGGUCCGCUCACCGAAGCUCUUGCGGCAUCUCUGGUUAUAACGCUGUCCGCGGAAGAAGAUGACUCCCAGGAGAGUGAUUGGCUAUCACGAGCUCAUACUGAUUUCGACACGUCCUUCACUUCCUUAGAUGCGGUGUCACCAGAGUGA